CUUGGUAACAUGAUCAGUUCCACCACACCACUUCCAACACUCGAAAGAGAUAAGGAACCUAAAAUGAAGACAACUUCAGGAGGAGUUUAGACUGAGUCUUGAAAAUCUCGUGGAAAACCCUUUUUACCAGGGCCUAUCUAAAAGUUAAAACACCCAGCACAUGCAGCGUAAGCAAAAGCCAACUAUGGAAGAAAAGGCAUCUGCCGGGAAGAGUAUGUACGGUGGUUCUCUUCUUGUUCCUAGUGUUCAGGAAUUAGUAAAGAAGCCAAUAGUCAAAAUCCCACCCAGAUACAUACAGCCUCAUCAUCAAGAUGGUAAUUACCAAGAGCAUGACAUGAACAUCAAUUCUGAGCAUCUUGCUGACCAGAUACCAUCCAUUGACAUGCAUAAAUUGCUUUCCAAAGAAUCAACAAAUUCUGAAGCUGAACUAGCCAGGCUCCAUUUUGCUUGCAAAGAGUGGGGUUUCUUCCAGUUGGUAAACCAUGGUGUGAGCUCUUCCUUGUUGGAGAAAAUGAAGACAGAAACUCAAGAAUUCUUCAACCUACCCAUGGAAGAGAAGAAAAAGUUUUGGCAACAGCCAGGAGACGUGGAAGGUUUUGGACAAGCCUUUAUAAUUUCUGAAAACCAAAAACUCGAUUGGGUUGACAUGUUCUUCUUGAAUACCCUUCCUGUCCAAAUGAGGAGGCCUCACCUAUUUCCAAAUCUCCCUUCUCCUUUCAGAGAGACCUUAGAAACUUACUCAUUGGAACUGAAAAACCUAGCCAUGACUAUCCUAUCACACAUUGAAAAAGCUUUGCAGAUGGAAGCCAAGGAAGUGACCAAGUUAUUUGAAGAUGGACUGCAAGCGACGAGGAUGAACUAUUACCCUCCAUGUCCUCAGCCGGAGGCAGUCAUCGGUCUGACCCCUCACUCUGAUCCUGUAGGCCUCACCGUCCUCCUACAAGUCAAUGAAAUGGAUGGUCUCCAAGUAAAGAGAGAUGGGAUUUGGGUUCCUAUUAAGCCACUUCCAGAUGCAUUUGUUGUGAAUAUUGGAGACAUUCUAGAGAUUCUAACAAAUGGGACGUAUCGUAGCAUUGAGCAUCGUGCAACUGUGAACUCUGUAAAAGAAAGGCUCUCAAUCGCCGCAUUUCACAGCCCUAGAUUUGGUGGUGAAAUUGGCCCGGCCUCUAGCUUGAUCACAGGACAAACACCAGCAACAUAUAUAAGGGUGGGAGUUGAAGAAUAUUUCAAAGCCUUAUUUGAACGUAAGCUUAUUGGAAAGUCUUUUCUUGAUGAACUGAAGAUAAAGCAUGAUGGUGAGCAGUAGAGAACUGCUCAACUACAUGCGACUUUCUGAUGACAAGAAAAAGGUGUAUGUUGUAUAACUAUAUGCCCAAGUAAGUACCUAAGUUGUAAUAACAUGCAUAUAGAGAGGUAGGGCCUUCCUUUUCAAGGCCGUUGUGUCCCAUGUUUAAACCGUCUCCCUCCAUUUAGUACAGUUUAGAGUAGUAAUUUCACUAAUAAAAUGUUGAGUUUAUUUACUUAUUUAA